AGACUUCAGACGGCAUAGGAGUAUUUGGACGAAUGAAAAAGAAAAAAGAAAAUAUCAGACAUAGAACCCUGGUCCACGUUAUCUAAUCACCCGAGCCGUCGCGCAUACCCAAGAAGUCCUAAUUUCCACCGGAAUCUGCAUCAGAGCACAGGCAACGAAGGCAUUUCUGAAAGAUCUCAAACAAACAAACGAUGGAGAUUUCGUCUUCUCUUACCCUCUCCCUUUCUUCUUUAAUUCGAAGAACCCCCGUACAUCUUCCUCACUCCUCCUUCUUGGUCACGAGCUCUACCUCGACAUUCUUAAAGAAAGCAAGGAUUGGUGUUGGUUACCCUUCCGUACGGGAACGAAUCAGAAGCAGAACCAAUCGACCUAACAGGGGUCUCACUUGCAACGCCUUGUUCGGUUUGGGUGUACCCGAGCUCCUUGUCAUUGCUGGAGUGGCUGCUCUGGUUUUCGGACCCAAGAAGUUGCCAGAAGUGGGUCGGAGUAUUGGCAAAACUGUUAAGAGCUUCCAGCAGGCAGCAAAAGAGUUUGAGUCUGAGAUUAAAAAGGAACCUGAUUCCAUAGAAGAGGCCCCUGCUGAGAAACCCACUGCUGUCAGCGAACAGGAGAAGCCAGACAUCAAAGUCUCUAGUUCAAAGGAGAGUGUAUGAAAUUUGUAGAUUUGUCAAAUAGGGAUAGUCUAGCAAAAUUUGACCGUCGCGCAGUCCAUUGAAGGAAAUUAUUCUACCGUAUUAUCGAAAUUUUCUUCGGAAACUACAGAUAUGUUCCUUGUAAUUGUCUGCUCUGUUCACUGUCAUAUAUAACCCUUCUUGAGUUCUG